CAAUCCGACGGGAAACGAGGAUUAUAAAUACACGAAUGGCCAUGGGGACAUAACGUGUGGGGAAGAAGAGAGGGAAGGGAUAUUUUGAGAUGUUUAAUAAGACUAUGUGAUCAUUUAAUUAGCGCGUAAAAACGAGAACAGGAGACAUUCGAAAGUGCUGAUGGGUAGCAUUAGCGUUAGACGAAAUACUGCCAAAAUCAACUCAUUUCUGACCUAUUUUCUACAUCAAAUGUAGUAUUUUUUUAUAUUGCUUAAUAUGUGAAGAUAACGAAUAGCAAACUUAACUUGAGUUCCACUGGCCGUUGAAGAUUAGCGUAACUCGCUAGCAGCGGGGAAAAAAAACAUUGUUGUGUGCUACACUCAAUACGGUCCGGAAAAUGUGGUGUUACCUUUAUUGUUGCCCCGCUGAAACACACCCGCAUUGCUUAAUUCCAUGUAUCGGAUUAGCAAUAAUACGUGUUGCGUUGCCUAUCGCAACGUAGCAUGUUUUAUAAAUAUAUGUUUUCACACUAAGAAUAAGAAGUUAAACGCCCCCUUUUUGUGCAACCUCAAGACGCCACCUUCGUGAUUAGGUUAAGUAGUCUAAACUAAUAUUGGAUUAACCUCUUCUUUUUUCAGCCAUGCCGUGCAUGUAUAUUAUUUCACAUGGAUAAAAUAUCCCUUUGAAGCCGAGCAUUCACAUCGCCAUGGAGACCAAAUUUGUGUAUGUAUCGACGCACAUUUAGUACACUCGACAGCCAGGAUACUUUAAGUAAAGUUAUUUUUAACUACAUGGCGUUAUUCCCGCACAAUUGUCAAGUGUCCUGCAAAUGUUUUUAAUGACAUGGCGUUAUUCCCUCACAAUAGUUAGUGUACUAAUAAUGUUCGCCCUUUCGUUGAGCCAACGAUUAUUAUUCGAGAAUGCGUCAAAUGACGUCGGCGUACACGUUACUUUAAGAAAACAAUUACGAUACUCCUCUGUGUCGUUGAAUGGACUUUCUACAACAUCAUAAUACUUUCACAAGGCUGCCUGUCCGCUGUGUUUGCUGGCCGGCAUUUAUGCAUGCACACCACUGGGGGUGUGCGGAGGCCAUGGAGACAGAAAACAGAGCCAUGACGCUCGGCCUCUUUGACUGCCUGAGGGCAGUCGGUCUUCAGCAUCACUACGAACGCUUCACCUCCAUGGGAAUCCGUCACUUGGCCCACCUCUUGUGCCUCACCUCGGAGGACCUCCCCGUGCUGGAGAUCCACACCAAGGAGGACAAGAGUCGGCUCUUCAGUCUGGUGCAUCUGAUCAAAACGCUGGAGCAGGAAGGUCUGGGGCUGGAAGAGGAUGCCGAUGAGAGUGACGAAGAAGUCCCGUUAGUGGAUACUUUUACUAACGGUGACCCGGCAAGUUUUUCCAAAACCCCCCGCGUCCGCAUGCACCUCGAUGAUGAAUGCCAGCAGCGUGGGCGGAACGGCAGUCUCAGGCCAGCUGCUCAGCACAGCAGGCCAGACAUCACUAGACGAUUGUCCAUGUACAGUACUAAUUCCGCACUGCUGCUGCCACAGACCGCCUCGUCCCACCCUCUGAAACCCAAAGCAGCUACGGCAAAGCGGUUCAACGGCCAACUGGUGGGGAAGAUGUGUCCAGAUCGAGGAAGCGCUUACAGACAAUAUGGUGGACAAUUUACUAAACCAACACCUGUUUUUGAAGCAAAGAGAAAACCAGGAUACAACUAUGGACUACCUCUGAAUCCCGUUGCUUCAAAAAAGCAAACCGGCGGGCCGAGGAUCCUCGUUUGCGUGAGGAAACGACCUCUGACGCUGGCAGAGAGACGGAAAGAAGAGGCGGACGUCGUGAUGACGCCCAGUGCCGAGUGUGUGGUUGUUCAAGAGGGCAAAGAAGCUGUGGACCUCACUCAGUACAUUUUAAAGCAUCCGUUCUACUUUGACCAGGUUUUUGGUGAGCAUCAAUCUAACGAGGAGGUGUAUAAGAAGACGGCGUAUCGUCUGGUGCAGCACAUGCUCAACGGGGGGAAGGCUACCUGUUUUGCCUUCGGGCAGACGGGCGCGGGUAAGACUCACACCAUGAUGGGUUCUUCUCCCAAUGAGCCGGGCUUGUACUUCCUGGCGGCCCAGGACAUCUUUGCUCACCUGUUGGCCACGCACAGCCCCCUGCUGGUGUAUGUCAGCUUCUGUGAGAUCUACUGCCGUCAGCUCUAUGACCUGUUGAACAACAGGAAAAGAUUGUUUGUGAGGGAAGACGGUCACAACGUGGUUCACAUUGCAGGACUUUGUGAUGUCAGAGUGGACACCGUCAACUCACUGAUGAAGGUGAUGUCACAGGGUUUAGCAGCACGCACCAAGAGGGUCAGCGGCGUGAAUCCGCUCUCGUCUCGUUCCCAUGCCUUGCUUCAGAUCCAGCUCCGAUCUGCAAACCAGCAGAUAAUUGGCAGAAUGUGGUUCAUUGACUUGGCGGGGAGCGAGAGGGCAUCGGACACCAAGGCGGCAGACUGGCAAACUCGAAUGGAAGGAGCGGAAAUCAACCAGAGUCUGCUGGCUCUUAAAGAAUGCAUCCGCUCACUAGAUCAAGAGCAGCGGCACACACCUUUCAGACAAAGCAAACUCACUCAGGUCUUAAAAGACUCAUUUGUUGGUAAUUCAAUGACUUGCAUGAUUGCCAACAUUUCACCCGGUCACAGCGCAACAGAGCACACACUUAACACGCUGCGAUAUGCUGACCGUGUGAAGGAGUUGAGGGGCCAAGGAGGAAGAGAAAGCAGAACUGUACCUCUUGCCAAAUGCAGCCUGUCCAAUAGCAUCAAUGGAGACAUCCCGAGAGGAAACAGUCUCCCUAAGAAGCCAAAAAUGGGAAUACCGAAAGCCAUUUUCCCCACCUCAAAGAAGCCCUCAGCAUACACGGUCCGCUCUUCCACACCAAAGACCAGCAGAUCUGACGAGGAGAGAACCGCCACGGCCAAACGCCGGGUCGGGCCUGAAAAAGUGAGCCUACUCAUAGGCUCGCAGGAAAAGGGCGACAGUUACAAAAGGGAAGAGAGGCGUGAAUAUAGGAGAAGGCAAGAGAAGCAAGUUGAGACUGAAGGUGAUGCUGUGGUGGGCAAGAGGGAUGAAGAGAUGCAGCAUCACCUGCGCCAGUAUCACCAGCAACUGCAGAAGUUUGUGCCGUUCUCCAUCACCCCGUCUGCCUCCAGCCGACAGUCGCUCUCGUCUCAAGCUUCGUCCUCUCUCUCGUGUUCAGACCGGAUGUAUUCCAGUUCGAAGGACACCUCCAGUGUGAACGACAGCGGGAUUGGAAGCAAUGGUGCGCCGUCGCCUUUUAACAACGUAAAGGACGACGCCAUUGGAAACGAUGGGGUUCAAAGGGAACAGUUGAGGUGGGCUCAGGUGGUAACAACAGAGCUAGAAGCGGCCCACAUGGCGGCCGAUGUCGCCCUGGCGUCCUUCAGCUCCGCAGAGAUAGGCGAGGACUCUUUGGAAAUGGAUCCCUCGCUCGAUGGCUUGUGGACUGACAGUCUAGCGUCAGCCCACUGUGUCCACAAGCCCGACGUCUUCUUCGGCGCCCCUCUCGUUGACCGCCAGUCUGCAGCCCACGCCGCUUGUCAACAAACAAGCGAGAAACCAAAAAACCUACCUCGAUUUGUAGCAAAAACUCAGGCGGUGUCGUACAGAAUGAGUGGAGAGACCAGUUCAAGAGACUCCCAGACACCAAGAACAGGCAGAAUGUCUCAGGAAGAUACUUGUGAGGAUUCCACCACGAGUCAACGAGACCACGCCAGUAACUAUCUCAGUUUUCUUGAGAGGAAGCCGGAUCAUAUCACACAUGCAACAUAUAAAGACGCUGAAUGUUGUCCGGUAAUAAAGAACCCCUGGGAUCCUACUUCUGACGCCAAGCUAGCCACCAAUCAUCUCCCAGAGCAGCCUGAAACCCCAGCUAACCAUCCAGAACAGAACAUCCCUUGCAAACCUGUUCUCUCAAAGUCCUCGACAAAGACACAUUGUCCCACAAACCCUGUGGCAGAACAACUUCAACCAUUUCCGGGCCACAACUCUAAAGUCCAAACUGAAAGUCCUGGAGAGUUACUUUAUAAAGAGACAACCAUCAACCAGGAGUUACAACUGAAAAUGGGCACUGUUGGCCACAUGGAUCAUGACAAAUGGCGUAUCAUUCAGGCCCACUGGGAGAAGCUCCAUGAGAUGGAGCCUAUGCUGCGCGAGGAGCAGACCCUUCUCUGCAAGCAGCCCCACAUGGCAUUUGGGGAUUACAUGGAGAAGCUGGAGGAGAUCAUGGAGCGGAAUGCCCGCUGUCUGCACAGCAUGAGAGCCAAGAUGCGCUUAUAUCGUAUGAGCAGCUCCGUUACUGAGCUUCAGCACACACAACAUAAACCAGUCGCUUGAAUCAACCAAGCUCGUAGAAAAGGAUGUAAUGUACUGAACGUGUACAUUUGUUUUUUAAUGUCCCUGCUUUCAAAGUACAAACACCCUGAUCCACUGCCGAUGCCACUGCAACUCAGGGAUUAAUAUGUGAUCAGAUGUUUACAUGGCCGACUGCUUAGCAGUGUAGUUCAAAUGUAUUGUGAUAUUUAUUUUGUUAUUUAAAUGCAAACAAUAAAUCUAUA